AAGUGUUCUAAGAGGCCAAGUUCCCACCUGGUAUAGGAAGGUGUCCGCUGUUACAUGGUGUAGUGAGGUUGCGUUUUUACUAGUGUAGCUAGGUGGCCUUACCUGGUGUAGCUAGGUGGCCUUACUUGGUAUAGUGAGGUGACAGUUUUUACUAGAGUAGCUAGGUGGCCUUACCUGGUGUAGCUAGGUGGCCGUUGUAAGCCUUAUCUGGUGUGAUAGACAGGGCCGUUACACAAUUCAAUAUUUGUAAUUUAGGUGACGAGAAGGGAAGACAAACCGAAAAAUCUUUAGGUGUCAAAAGCAAGUUAGUUGCAGAAACAUGUUUAGUCCUAUUGUUUUAUGUUUUCUCUUUCUGUGGGGAACACAUUCUGUCAGUGGUCAAACUAUCAUCAGCCCAAGUGAGAUAGAGGAGGGAGGAGCUUUCACUGUGACGUGUGACGCGUCACGUGCUGGUGUUCCAGAAAGUGCUACCACCAUUAGCAGACUGACCAUAUCCUGGACGAACGGGACAGCACCACCCACAACCUACGCCAGAUACAGGCUGUUUCCGGCACCCUACAGCUCCGCAUUUCCACCACAAACUUCCCUAUCAAGAAACUGGACCUUUACAUUCAAUGGAAGCCAACAAGGAACAUCAGACGCACCCAGCAACAGGAACACGAUGAGGAUAGAGAUGGUGGUCAGUGAUGCUGUGUCUGACGACGCCGGCUUGUAUUACUGUAACGCCACGUACCUGGAUGUAGCGGGGGAUUUAGUGACGGUCGUGGAGUAUCAGAAUGUCACAAGUACAACCAGUCCAGCCACUGACGACAGAGGCUCUCUGACCGCUGCAUGCAAUGCCACAAACGCUGGCGUCCCAGCGACCGCCACCACUGUGGUAGCAUUAACCAUCAGUUGGACGCCAGGACCCACAACCCUGCCCACAACAUUGGCCAGAUACAGGAUAUUUCCAGCACCGUACAGCUCCUCUUUUACACCACAAAACUCCUCCGGAAAGAACUGGACGUUCACACACACGGGGAGCUUACAAGGGUCAUCAGACAACCCAGCCAACAGGAACUCGAUGAGGAUAGAAAUGGCGGUACAUGGCGCUAAAUGUACAGACGCCGGCUCGUAUUUUUGUAACGCCACGUACAUUAAUUCAGCUGGUGAUAUAACGUCGGCAUGGCAGUCCCUUAAGCUCACCAGCAGAGAUACCUCAGUCGGGAGCCACCAGCUGUACCAAUACAUGUCAUUCCCAACUAACAAGGGCGACAACCCAUCAAAUUUCACUAUGAUUUGUAAAAUCAACGGCCCAAAGACUCUGAGACUUGACUGGGAACAAAUUCUCCCACCAGCUGAAGGCUUCGUCCCCUACCCCAACCCAGCGCACAUACUCAGAAGUGAGCCCGUACCCAUCGGCUCUUGUAACAGCUACGCGCAUGCGUCAACUCUACGCUUCGCCAUGGCCGACCGGCUUCGCUGUUUUAUUUAUAGAUGCUCAGUCAGGGACGGUAACGUGACGGUCAGUCAAGCGAAUCUUAUGCCAGAUGUACACCAGGGCUGCUUUCUUUAAGGGGGGGAGCUUUAAACUUUACAUAUUUACACAGUAAUUGUCUACGUCACAUGUUUACACAGUAACUAUCUACGUCAUAGAUUUCUAACUCUCUACGCAUCUGAUAGCAUAUAAAAGCGCUAAUUGUAAUGCAUACUACACAUACCUAAACAUAUAAUCUAUUUAUAUUUUUUCUUUGAUUUAAUUAUUGAUUACAUUUUUAUUUUUUAAACAAUACAGAUUCGAAAUGUAGUGUAUUGAGAUUUUAUUAUUUCUGCCCCUGCAUUGUAAAACAAAACAUGAUACAACAUUAAUAUCACUUCAUGUACUUUUUGAAAAUUACCAAAUGUCAAAUAUGUAAUAGAAA